AAAUGCAUUUAUUCAGUCUAAUCUGACGGAGACGCCAACUGUGUGCUAUCAACACAGUAUUUGCAUAUGAAGUUACCUUUCCUAGUGAGAUUGUUCUCUCAUUUGUAACGUUAGAGAAAUAUCCCAUAUCAGCCAGCCAGCCAUCUUGCUCAUUUGUACAGAAUUUGGUAGCAUAGGGUGUCUGCAUGUAAACCGUAGAACGUCAUCCCAGAAAUUCAGAACAGAAGCAGUAGUACCCAGAUGGAACCCGAGCUGUCAGCCGGUGAACCUACAGGUGAAGUGAAGGAGCAGCCUCCAGGCAUGGUCUGGAGACUGACCGGUGGACUCCUCAGUGCCACACAGGGGGUGGUGGGGGCCACAGUGGGUGGUGUGGCCUGGCUGGGGGGGAAGGGUCUGGAGAUCACUAAAUCGGCGGUGAGCUCCGCCCCGUCUGUGGGCAUUGGCCUGGUGAAAGGGAGUGUGUCUGCUGUGUCCUCAGUGGGAUCUACGGUGGCCAGCAAAGUUCCAUUCACAAAAAAAGCUAAGGACAAAGCGGAGUGAGGAUCUUCACUCCAUGCCCCCUGCCCCCUGCUCCCUGCUCUCUGCCCACUGUGCCUUAAUACUCAUGACCUCUCUGCUACCAAUCUCAGAACUGUUGUGUGUGUAUAUGCGCUCAUGCAGUUGCUCUCCUCUCAAGUUUGUGUGUUUGUGUUUGUAUUUCUGUUUUAUUUUAUUAAUUUCUUUCACGGAGGACUGCUUUUGUGCAAUCUGGGGGUUGUACACAAGAUUCACUGCCAUUUGAUCCCAGCAACCAUUGAUCCCUGCUGGCAGCCUACAGGGGUGCAGUCUGUACCUGCUUCCCGGGCGUGUGAUCUCUGGGCUAUGGAGGCCAGUUAAAGAUGUGAUCUCUGUGGCGAGGUGGGACACUAAUGGGGCUUCUGUGGGUUUGGGCUUGGCCUGCUGCUGCCACUUCAAAACACCAUGGUACACAUUACAAUGUGUAGCUAUGGGAACUGUGUUGGGAGUGUUUUCUCAUAAAUAAAGUAAUCAAUAAAUAAAUGAUAAACGGAUAGGAUCCCAUUUUCUUUAUGGCGAAGCCAUUUCCAUUAGCACUGGCCAAAGGGAGACUGCAGAAUUGAGGCCUGACCUACUGCAGCUGUUCCUGGAUCAGUGGCUUACUCACCAAGUGCCUGAGCUUCGCUUCUGGGACAAUUUUAGGCUUUAUUGAUGUAGACUCUCUCAGGGUAAAUAGACAUGUUUCCAUUAUAUUUGUAUUUUGAAAAUUCUGUAUACAGCCCGCUCUUAAGUGCACAUUUUGGGUUUUGUCUCUAUCAAGACCAGGGGGUCCACUCCUGCACAUGAGGACAGGACACACCUUGAGGUUACACACUGCAGUCUGCGGCUGUAGCUGCUGCUUAUUACUAAUGUCAAAUGAAGAUACAAUGCACCCUGAUAUACAGUCUUGGACUUCUACAAUGUCUGCAGGUUUAAACUCCAGUCCUGGAGGAUUGCAGUGUCUUCCUUUGAGUUUUCUGUGUUUUCCUUUCACAAUCCGCUUAUUUAGGUCUAGGAAUCAAGGUGUAUGGACUCUUGGCUAUAUAAUGUCUUAAAUGAUGUACAUAAGCAAUGAAGCUCAGAAAACCAGACACUGUGUCCUUCUGGGACUGCAGUUAAACCCGCAGACACUGCGGCCCUCCAGGACUUCAGUUAAACCAGCAGACACUGUGGCCUUCCAGGAUUGCAUUUAAACCAGCAGACACUGUGGCCCUCCAGGACUGGAGUUAAACCAGCAGACACUGUGGCCCUCCAGGACUGGAGUUAAACCAGCAGACACUGUGGCCUUCCAGGGCUAGAGAUAAACCCGCAGACACUGCUGCCCACCAGGACUUCAGUUAAACCAGCAGACACUGUGGCCCUCCAGGACUGGAGUGAAACCAGCAGACACUGUGGCCUUCCAAGACUGCAGUUAAACCAGCGGAAACCACGGCCCUCCAGGACUGGAGUUUGAGGUCCUUGUGUACAUGUUCUUUCCCUGUAAUAGAUGAAGACAUUUAACAGACAUUUGUGUUUUCGGUAUAAUUAAAGUGAUAUGAAAAGAGGUCUGAAGUUCUUUAUGGUUCAGGUGUUCUACAACAGAUGAUUGGGGUAGUUGGGUCACUCAAGCAUUGUACUUUGGCUAUAAUUACUGAAAGAAUAUGCCAUUUCAAACUGGUGGU